UCCCUGUGCCCCCCCCCCCCGGUUCUCCUCCAGUUGCAUGCCGGGUAGCAGAUGAUGGCUGCGGGCUGUGCGGAGGAAUGAAGCGGCUGACCGCUGCCUGUUUCCCCGCUGAACCUGCGCUCUCUGCGGCCUCAGGUGUUUCAGCAGAGCGGAGCUGCCGGUGUUACUGAGCCAUGAGGUGUUUCAACAUGGACCUGACUGUCAGAACCAGAACCUGCAGAAGAGUUGAUAAAGACAGCGUUGAUCAGCAGAGUCACGUGGUCUCUGCUGGUUUAAUCAGUGCGUUUCAGGAGUAGUGUACUGUUGCCUCCAGGCGUCCUGGCUGUUGGACUAUGCUGUGUUUGUCCACUGGGUGGCGCCUCCUGAGCCGAGCUCACCGCCUCCCUCCGUGCCUCCCCUGCCCCGCCGCUCAGUCCGUUGCCAUGUACGCCACCCGCCUCUACAGUGCCACGGGGGGAGGGGCCGGGGCAGGGACUGGGGCAGGGGGUGGGGUUAAACAGGGGCGGAGGUCGGGGCUGGCCGUGAUCGAGACACCCCACCCCCCUCACCCCCACCUUCCCCACCAUCCGCACCCGGCUCCACCUCCCCCCUCCUACCCGCUGUAUCAGGGCCGCCCCGACGCCCACCGAGGAGCGCACUUCCACCACCACUACCACCCCCAUCCUCACCCGCAGCCCGCCCACCUGGCCCCGCCCCCACUGCCCGCCCACUACCAGCACCACGCCCACUUCCACGCAUAUGGAGGGGGGGCUCCGAGCGGAGGGGCUGUCGCCACCGGCAACAAGAAGAAGAUGUGGAACUUCAUCCACGAGAAGAUGAGCUAUGACACGUUCUUCACCAUGAAGCGUCUGAUCGAGCGCUCGCGGCAGCCUGACGAGGUUCUGCGCUGGGUCACCCAGAACCCGGCCAAGAUCUCCCACAACCACUACCCUGUUGCCUUGCAGAAGAUCGGACAGCUACUGCAGGCCUCGCCGCCGCCGCGGACUGGAGGGGACGACGGUGAGGCCUCAGGAGGAGGGGGAGCUGAGGGCGGCGACGGGCGUCAAAUCCUGAAACAUCAGGACUUUCAGACGCUCUGUAACGCCAUCGUCAACGACUGCACUAAGUUCGACAACUUCAGCAUCGUCAACUGUCUGUAUGCCGUGGCAGCACUCGGUCUUCCCAGCGACUCUCAGGUGGUCCAGGUGCUGGAGGCGGAGUCUCAGUCCAGACUGAACCAGUUUAACCAGAAGGAUGUGUCAAUGGUGUUCAGCUCCAGCAUGAAGCUCCACCCCGGCAGCCAGCACCCUCUGACCGAGGCCUGUCUGGCCGGUCUGGAGAAGAACCUGGAGAGAGAGCGCCACCCUCAGACGCUCUUCCUGCUGCUCUCAUACUACAGACUCAAGUGGCGUUCACUGCAGUCGCAGGAACCUGCAGCUGCUGCAGGGGGCGCUGCAGCCACCAUUAACAGCACGCCUCCAAACCCUGAACAACUACUCGCCAACAGGAAGAUCUUACGUCUAGUCAAACACACUCUGGCGAGUGUCAGUGGUGUUCGUGACCAGGAGAUGGCGCUGUUGGAUGAGAUGUUGGCGGCGUGCGCUCGAGAGGCGAGCAACAAGAGCCUAGAGUUAAUCUUCAGCUCUCACCUGUUCUACCAGAACAGACAGGAGAGGUUCAUCAGCAGCCUGGCAGAGGAGCUGCCAAAGAAGGUGGACAGCAUCACUCCCUACACGAUGGCUCUGAUAGCCAAAUACAUCGCCCGCCAUCGACUGAGAGAGACCCGACUGCUCGACACCAUCGCAGACUUCCUGGUGAAGAAGGCAGAGUACCUGGACAGUAAGGUGAUCCAGAAGCUGGUGUUCCCGUUCAGCAGGAUGAGUUACCGUCCGUCCAACGAGCAGCAGUUCUUCUCUCGGUUGGAGGAGGUGGUGGAGCUGAAGGCACUCAGCUCGCCGCUCGCCACCGUCAACAUCCUCAUGUCUCUGUUCCAGCUGGGACACUUCCCCGGCCUUGUGCUGCACCGAGUGUUCUCCUCCGCCUUCAUCAGCAAUGUUACCAACAGUCCCUAUGCUCUGAUCGUGCGGCGGUACCUCUCUCUGCUAGACGCUGCCGUGGAGCUGGAGUACCGUGAGUAUACCGGACCACGACUGCAGGACGCCCACAAGGUCCUGAUGUUUGACCACGCCCUGACGGCUGAUGAGGUCAACCGCAAGUACAGUUAUAAAGGUCUGGUGGCCGAGGCCUUACGGCAGCUGGUUGGGGAGCAUAACUACAAACAGGACGAAGUGCUCGCCCCAGGAUACUACACAGACUUCGUGUUGUGGAUGGACGGUUCUGGUCGGGUUCUGCCCAUCAGAACCGGAGCUGGUCUGGCUCUGAGCAUCGUUCCUCCGUCCUGCGUUGCCGUGGCAUCCAAGCCGGCUGAUGGUGCGGUUGCUGUGGUGACUGCAGAGUUCCAGAGGUUCUCUCCGUUCACGGCACUGGAGGACGGCGCUGAGCAGCCGUGUCAGGUGGCCGAGGCAAUGGGCGGGGCAAUGGAGCCUAGGUCCUUCCUGCCCCACCACAUUCGUGGUAUGGCAGGGGCUGUGGUGUCCUCAGGACCCCCUCGGCCCGGGACUAACGGCAGCCCCUUGGACUAUGGCCCCUACUAUGUCCCUACUGCAGAGUACUACUCCAGUCUGGCGAAGGAGCACUCGCUGGAGAGCCAGGACAGCUCCACGCUCAGCAGCCCCCCCUCUGACGGCCUGGCUCCGACUGGGGCUCAGGGACCUGCGGGGACCGCGGCCCCAGACUCCCUCUUCCAGUUUUCCAUUGGGAAGAUCCUGGAGGAUGAGGCGGGGGCAGGGGCCCCGGGGAGCCAGGGGACGGACUGCGAGCUGCCGGGUUUCUACGAGGGUGUGACGUACUCUGAGGGAGCGGGGGCUGACAGAGGGCCAUCCUCAUCGCCACAACUCUGCCCUCCCGACCGACCAGAUCCCGAGAAACCCCCAACAGACCAGAGACAGAUCAGGAGGGUCAUCAUGUCUGUCAACGAUAAGUGGCAUUACUGCCACAACUCUGAGGUUCUGGUUGGUUCCCGGGCCAUGAGAGACCGACACCUGAGGCUGCUGGGAUACAUCAUCCUCCAGCUGCCGUACCACGAGCUGGAGAAGCUGAACGGCAUCGAGGAGGUGAAGCAGUACCUGCACAAGAAGCUGCUGGACGUCCCACUAUGACGCUCUGUGUGCGUGUGUGUGUGUGCGUGUGUGUAUGUGUGUAGUAGGGGUCAGAGGUCAGCACAGCACUCUGAACAACAGUGUCUUACCUGUGAGGUUUCACCUGUUCACUGCAGAUUGCAGCUGCAGCUAAUGAUUAUUGAUAUUACUGAUCAGUUUCUUUGUUAAUCAAUAAGUUUAUAAAACCUCCACAUCUCUGUCUCUGGGCUCAGUUUCUGUUCAGGACGUCACUUUAAACCAAGACAAACAUUUUUAUACCAAACCAGUGAUCAGUUAAUCAGAUGAAUAUUAUCAGUAAUAAUGAUCAGUUGUAGCUGUUUAUUGAUCAUUAAUGAGCAGGUGAACUCAGUGACACCUUUUUAAAGGACCAGCCUCCUACUGUCACUCCACAGUUUGGAUUAAAGUUAAUAAGUUCUGUCAGUAGAACCUCACCAACCAAAGUCUGUUCACUUCUCUGAGUGUUUAAACUCGGAUAGAACUGAUUUAUUUCAUUUACUAGUUCAACAGUUCUGAUCUGUUCUCGGUUCUUUUGGAGGAAAACUAAGUUUCUUUCAUUUUAAUUCAGUUUUUUUUUUUUUUUUAAUUUAAAAAAUCAGACUCAGAACCUGAGACUCUAGUCUGAUCUGGAUCGUGGUGAAAACAGUGACCUGGUCCUUUAACGUGUCAUUGUGAGGCUGUGAUCUGAUUGGUCGCUGUGUGGAUGAACAAAUGUUAUAUCUUUUUUUUCCAGGGUGGGGGGUGGGGGGGGCAGGAGUCCCUUUUUAUAAUGUUUGGUAACCGUGGUAACGCUGACAAUGAUGCAUGUCGGGACUCUAUAAAAUCAGCUGGCAGUUAACGAGUUUGUCUGUAGAGAGCAGGGGCUGAUGGGUACUGUAGUCCUCUGAGUGCACACAGGGGAGGGGUAAGCAUUACCAUGGUAACGUAGCAUGUGUGCCAAAGGCCCGGAGGAUCAAUUAGAAUGUCAUGUGGGUGAUAGGGUCAAAGGUCAGAUUAUUUAUUUGUGUAUCAGGUGACUGAUGUUGGAGGGGAAAGACGCUUGUUUAUAUUCUAUAAAUCUAUUAAUUCAAAUGUCUAUAAAACCUGAAACCAAA